AUGACGGACAUGGACUACAACAGACGCAACAAGUCCCCUAGGCCACUGACAGAUUCGGAGAAGGCGCGCCUGGACGAAUUUAUUGACUCGAUCCAUUAUUCUGCAAGGUAUUCGGACGACAACUUUGAAUAUCGACAUGUCCAGCUACCGAAAGCGAUGUUGAAGGCGAUCCCCAAAGAAUAUCAUGACCAGUCAAAGGGCACAUUGAAACUGCUAUGGGAGGAGGAAUGGAGAGCAUUGGGUAUUACUCAGAGUCUUGGAUGGGAGCAUUAUGAAGUACACGAACCCGAGCCACACAUACUUCUAUUCAAGAGACCGAUCAACUACGUCCCUCCGAGCCAAUAA